CCUCCUCACGGCGGGGCAGGCCGGGCCUUACCGCGGGGCGCGGGGGGGGCGGCAGCGGGCCAGGCUCGGCGGGGGUUGCGCUGGUGCGGGGAAGCUCCGCCAGCGGCCGGCAGCUCGGGAGACGUUCCUCCCCGUACGGGCGGUGGGGGGCUGUCAGAACCCUGGGAGCGGCUUGGUUUGGGGCAGAAUUCCGGUCCUUUUGGGCUCUGGAGAUACAGCCAGAAUUUUUCGUUCACAUGGCAGCAGCAAACUCUACUCCACCUGGCUCUUUGGAUCUAAACCAGCCUGGAUUUGCAAAGGAGAUCCUGGGAACUAAGCUGGAGGUCAAAUACCUCUGUUCCGAUUGCAAGAAUAUAUUGAGGAGGCCGUUUCAAGCUCAGUGUGGACAUCGCUACUGUUCCUAUUGUCUGAAGAAAAUUAUAAGCGCUGGGCCUCAGAAGUGUGCCAGCUGUAUUCAGGAAGGAAUAUACGAAGAAGGAAUUUCUAUUUUGGAAACAAGCUCGGCUUUCCCAGACAACGCAGCUCGCCGGGAGGUGGAAAGUCUGCCUGCUGUCUGUAUUAACAGUGGCUGCACUUGGAAGGGGACUAUUAAAGAAUACGAGGCUCAUGACGAAGUCUGCCCUGAAUUUCCGCUGACUUGCGAAGGCUGUGGGAAGAAGAUUCCCAGGGAGAAGUUUCGGGACCAUGUGAAGACUUGCGGCAGAUCUAAAGUGCCUUGCAGAUUUGAGGUUGUCGGAUGUGCUGAGGUGGUGGAAAAUGAAAAGCUACCAGAACACGAAAGCAAGUGUUUGGCGGAGCAUCUCUACAUGCUACUGAGCUUUGUGCUCAGCCUCAAGGCUGGGUCUGGAGACCUGAAGCCCCUUCCUACCCUUUCCUCGUCACAAAACAACUCCCCACUACUGGCAGCAAACUCUCUGUGCUCGGAGUCAGAGCUCUCCAGGUCCCUGGAGCUCUUGGGAAGGUGUGAGGCCCUUGAGAGGAAAACAGUGACCUUUGAGAACAUUGUCUGCGUGCUCAAUCGGGAGGUGGAAAGAGUGUCUCUAACAGCCGAAGCCUACAGUCGGCAACAUCGACUAGACCAGGAGAAAAUCGAAACACUGAGUAACAAGGUCCGGCAGCUGGAAAGGAGCAUCGGGCUCAAAGAUCUGGCCAUGGCUGAGAUGGAGGAAAAGAUCCGCAACAUGGAAGCUUCCACCUACGACGGUGUUUUCAUCUGGAAGAUAACAGAAUUUGCCAGGAAGCGUCAGGAGGCAAUCACGGGCCGCUCUCCUGCGAUCUUCUCUCCAGCUUUCUACACGAGCAAGUACGGCUACAAGAUGUGUCUGCGUGUUUACCUGAACGGGGACGGCACCGGGCGUGGGACCCAUCUGUCCCUGUUCUUCGUGGUGAUGAAAGGACCCAACGAUGCGCUUCUGCGGUGGCCCUUCAACCAGAAGGUAACCCUGAUGCUCCUGGAUCAGAACAACCGGGAGCACAUCAUCGACGCCUUCCGACCCGACGUGACGUCCUCCUCCUUUCAGCGACCCAUCACGGAAAUGAACAUUGCCAGCGGCUGCCCGCUGUUCUGCCCCGUCUCCGUGAUGGAAGCCAAGAACUCCUACGUGCGUGAUGACGCCAUCUUUAUUAAAGCCAUCGUUGAUCUCACGGGCCUCUAACCCUCCUCACCUCCAGGAGCAGUGAACGCAGAGCCAGCCCCCGAGUGGGGCAUCCCCCUCUGGCGCUGCACUUCUGGCAGCGCUCGGAGCGAGGAGGGGGCAAAAGCGGAAGGCAAAAGCCCUUCCCAAAAUGGGACCUUCGCUCUGAGUGGAAACGAGGUGUCUGAUGGGAACCCUCUUCCCUGGUGUCAGAGAGACCUUCCCUGAGAAGAGGUUUGGGUGGACGUUCACAGUCUGUGGGGUACAAGAAGAUCUUCUGCAGGGACUCGGGUGUCUGAACUGCUGCUGUCUGGGCUCCCAGUGGAAACCAGUGCAGCUCUUGCUCUACCAGUUUAGUGCACAUCCUCAGUGCUGUGUAGUAAAACAAGGGUUUGGCCUGCCCGAGCACCACCUCAAGUGGAUGUUUGGCUCAGCUGUCUA